AUGUAUACACUUUGGAAUCCAAAAUCAAAUCUUUUAAUAAAAAUUAUUUUUUUCGUAAUAGUUUUACCAUAUGAUGUUAUUAGUGCUGGUAAUUUUACACCAGAAGGUCGAGCUGGCCAAGAAGCUGUAUUAAUAGGGACUCAAUUAUAUUUUAUGGGAGGAUCUCGCACAAUUCCAUCCUCGAAUCCCAUUAAGAGCCGGAUAAGAGAAUAUAAUUUAUCAGAUGAAGUCUUUUUCUUGGAUCUUUUAAGCACAUUCUCUACAAAUGAUCCUCCAUUUGUGGAUCUUUCUGGCACUGGUGCACGAAUGAAAUUUGGAAAUGAAAAAGGUAAACAGUUAAUUAUUAUGGUAUAUAUACUCGGUGGUCCAAGCAAGGAAGAUGCGUAUCUCAUUGGGGGUACGCAACAAGACCUUGCACUUCUUAAUAAAAUUGAUCAAAAUAUAACUAUAACUUCGAAUCAAACGUUAAUGAUAGAAGAAAUAUUUAAGACUUACAACCCGACAGAUCAAAUGAUUUUUAUUUAUAGACAUACGGCACGAGAUUGGAGACAACUUGGACAAGGUGUUGUAGGAACUCAACCGACUAGACUUAAUGCACCUUCAGUUCGAAGUCAUGCUGCUCCAAUAUUACUUCCGGAUGGCAAGAUUCUUUAUAUUGGUGGUGUCACCCAACCAGCACCUGGAAUGAAUACAACUUUGUUAUCAAUGACAGAG